AUGCCUCUCUCUCUCUCUCUCUCUCUCUCUCUCUCUCUCUCUCUCUCUCUCUCUCUCUCUCUCUCUCUCUCUCUCUCUCUCUCUUUCUCUCUCUCUCUCUCUCCUUGGUUCCGUUCACGCACUCCGUCCCUCCCGUGCGCUCUCCCUUCCACAUUCUCGCGCUUCGUCCAUCCCGUCUGCUCUCCCUUCCGCAUUCUCGCGCUCCGUCCAUCCCGUCUACUCUCCCUUCCGCAUUCUCGUGCUCCGUCCAUCCCGUCAACUCUCCCUUCCGCAUUCGCGCGCUCCGUCCCUCCCGUCCGCUAUACCUCUUGCUUUCGCUCGCUCCGUCCCUCCCGUCCGCGCUCCCUUACAUUUGUUAUCUCCGACCCUCCUGUGCGCUCUCCAUACCUCAUAAACGUGCUCCUUCCCUCCCGUCCGCUCUGCCGCUCGCAUUCGCUCCCUCCCGUCGCUCCCGUGCUCGCUCUUGCCGUUCGCAUUCUCGCGCGCCGUCCCUCCCGUCCUCUCUCCCUUGGUCACAAAAGCUCUCUCCAUCGCUCCCGUGCCCUCUUAUCGUCGCAUUCUCUCUCUCCGACCCUCCCGUCUGCUCUCCCAUCGUCGCAUCCUCUCUCUCCGUCGAUCCCGUGCUUUCCCACGGUUGCAUUCUCUCUCUCCGUCGCUCCCGUGCUCACGAACCGUCGCAUUCUCCCUCGUCGUCGCUCCCAAGCUCUCCCACUGUCGCAUUUGCCAUCUCCUUCAAGUUUGCUCCCGUUCUCUAUCCCGGCCGCUCUCGUUCCCGUUGUAUCUCUGUCGCUCGCCAACCGCGUGCUCCGUCCCUCCCGUUAUCUCUCUCUCAAGCAGUCAUGUAUUGACAUGGUUCGCAAGCUUCCUGCCGUCGUCCGGCUAAACCUCCCCCACUCCCACUCCCUCCCCGCCCUCUAA